AUGGCAAACUGUAAAAUGGAUUAUUCUGAUGACUCUUGGUGGACAAAACGAUUGCAAGAACUUCUAUCUGGUUCUCUUAUUGAUGAAGAAAGUGAAAAAGAAAAAAGAGACACAGAGAUUUUACUUCUUAUUCGACCAACUUCUGAACGUCCUUUACGUCAUGAAUAUUUCGUUGUCAUGACUAGCCAUAGUUUAAACUCGUUAGGUGAACCGCCACGCCUCCAGGCUAUUUUGUCCUCCACAGGAUUGCACUCAUUUGAAGCACAAGUAUAUAAAGAAGAUUUUGGUCCAUUUUUCAUUUCUGCAGAAUUAUUCAUAAAGCUUUUGACCAUUCACUCUUAUGCGCCUUUCCUCUCAAUUGAACCACAACCUUUCUCAGUUGCCUUUUACAGUGAUAUGGCUGUUUGCUACGCCUUGCUUGCCUUCGUCGCAUUGUUUGCCAUCCUACCCGACAGUGACCAGUGUGCCACAAGUGGUUUGUGUGGAUAUGGGCCCAGUUGCGGACCUGUUUAUCAACCACCUCCCAGCUGUGGAUGUGCUCAAAGAGGAUACUCCUGCGGAAGUUAUGGAUGCUACAGACACAGAGUCAGAGGAGCUAAGAGCUUCCAACCACAUCGCAGUCGUGCUCGUGUAAGCACAUCUCUCGAAACUGACCGUGAACUUUUAAAAGAGAGAAUAAUACCAAUCGAAGAUGAAGGUUCACUUGAAACUGAAGAACUUCGAAAAGCCGUUCUUGAACGUGUCCGCAACCAUGACAGCCUCGACAGUGAGGAACAACUUCUUCUUGUUUCGAGAUCAGUUGCUCAAAACAGACAUAGAAACGGACCAAUUGAUCCAAACCGAGCCUUUUACGAAUGUUGCUUGGAUAGAAAGUUGCCUGAUGCAUGCUUAUCCAAAUGUAACUUCAACACUUAUAACAAACAAUCUCUCACUGCCAUGUACUUCAAACAAGACCCAUGUCCACUAGCUGCCAUGAAAGAAAUGCAAUUCUGUGCUGCCCAAGGAAGAGAUCAUCGUGAUUGUUGCGCUCGUAAUGGAGUUACAACUACAUUGGCUGGACCUAAAUGCUUAACAUUCUGUGAUCAGAGAUUAGGACAAGAGAACCGUCUUGAUAUGUCAUUUGUACCUUGCUUUGAUCGUUUCGAAAGUAUGAAGUCCUGCUUCUGGCAUGAUCUGACCAGAUACUAUAAAGCUUAA